GAGGACCGUGCAGCCUGUGGCUCCAGAGGCACAUCCCUGCAGAGAGUCCAAGAUUCUGACACGAUGAGGAAGCAUCUGGGUGGAUGGCUGCUGGCCAUCGUCUGUGUCCUGGUCUUCAGCCACCUCUCCGUGGUCACGGCGAGAGGCAUCAAGCACAGAAUCAAGUGGAACCGGAAAGCCCGGCCGAGCACCGCCCAGAUCACCGAGGCCCGGGUGGCCGAGACCCGCCCGGGAGCCUUCAUCAGACAAGGCCGCAAGCUGGACAUCGACUUCGGAGCCGAGGGCAACCGGUACUACGAGGCCAACUACUGGCAGUUCCCCGACGGCAUCCACUACGACGGCUGCUCAGAAGUCAACGUGACCAAGGCCAUGUUUGUGUCCAGCUGCAUCAACGCCACCCAGGCGGCCAACCAGGAGGACUUUUCCCGGGAGAAGCAGGACGUGCUGUACCAGCGCGUCCUGGGGCGGCUCGUCAGUGAGCUCUGCGCCGUCAAGAGCUGUGACUUUUGGCUGGAAAGGGGAGCGGGACUUCGGGUCACCGGGGACCAGCCCGUGAUGGUCUGCCUGCUGGUUUCCAUUUGGUUCAUGGUGAAAUAAGUCUUGCCAGGAGGCUGGCAGCCACAGAGAUGAGCUGGUGAGCAAAGCACAGAGAGUUACCCCAAACCCUCGUGUGUCCUGAAGGUACCAAAGAGCCGUGAUUCAUCAGCGCCUCAGAUCGUAGCACUCCCAAGCAUGCGCCCCGGCGCCUGUCCCUGACAAGUGCGUGUGCGUGUGUCACUCCCCCCGCAGGCUCUCACCGGGGGUGGGGCUAGGCUUUGCUCAUCUCUACAUCCCCAGCUCGGUGCAACAGAUUAGGCGAUGAAUGUUUGGUGAUGGAUGAAAGAACACAUCAGGAACUGUGCUGAGCGCUCCACAGGACUUCCCAACAACUCUUAGAGGUAGGUGUUACUCCCAUUUUGCAGACAAGGAAACUGAGGCUCAGAGAGGUGACGUGGCUUACCUGGAGUCACACAGCUAGAAAGUGGCAGAGCUGGGAUUCAACCCUGGCUUGUCUAACCCCAAGUUUUGUGCCCUGUCCAAUCCCAGAGCUGUCUCAUGGCCACUUUAUGGAUUGCAAGGCCCAAAUUGAAACACAUCUCUAAUAAAACUGUGAAAUUUCCACUUUUAGAAAUAAAUAAAAAGACUUGAGCAGA